AUGGAGUUCGAUAACCGCCGAGAAGGCAUCGGGGAACGUGGCCAAGUUGGCUGUUGCAACCGGAGCCCCAGACUGGGAAGCGCUCAGCAAGAUUUGCCAGAGGCGGCACACAUGCUGGGCUUCAUAUACGAAAACGGCCUUGGGCGGCCCAAAGACAUGGCAGCUGCACUCUACUGGUACAAGAAAGCUGCCAGUCGAGAAUAUCCAGAGGCCCUCAAUAGCCUUGGCAAGAUAUAUGAGCAUGGCAAAGGCGUUCCAACCGACUACUCCGCUGCGGCCGGAUACUACCAGCGGGCAGCCGAGCGAGGCUCUCUGAAUGCGAUGACCAACAUCGGCUACCUGCUGGAAAACGGAUAUGGAUGUGGCCGAAGCUGUGAGACCGCUGCGAGAUGGUAUUAUGCGGCGGCCCAGGAAGGCGAUGCACGAGCGCAAAACUACUACGGUAGCUGCCUGUAUAAAGGAAAGGGCGUUAAGCAAGACUAUGGCCAAGCAGUUGAGUGGUACCGAAAGAGCUCCGCCCAAGGCAACCCAAGUGCGCACAACAAUCUCGGAAUAUGCUACGAAGAAGGUCUGGGCGUCGCGAGAGAUGUGGGGAUGGCAAAGACGCUCUACAAGAUGGCCAGCGACGCCCGCCACCCUAGCGGCACCAAUAAUUUGGGAUAUAUGUAUUUGACGGAGCAUCAAUACCGAGAGGCUUUCAGAAUUUUCCACGUUGCGGUGUCGUUGAAUAGGUAA